AUGGAGUCCAAUUAUCGAGAUCUUCAUAUUAUGAAUUCAUACCAAAGAUUGCUUAACAACUUUAUGAGCCGUUUACAAUUACGACUUUGUCAAGAUGAAUACCAAAUUUGUCUCCAGCUCUACGAAGUCAUUGAAAUCAUUACAUGUAAUCCCAUUGACCAUACAGUCCAAAGAAUUGUCAAUGAUAUUUUCGAAGAAAUUCCAAUCAUUGAAGAAACUACAAUCGUAGGAAAUGAAGCAGAAGGAGUUCUUGAAUGA